AUGCACAAGCUGCGGCAGAGCCUGCGUCGGAAGCAGCCGCCCCCCGUGCCCGAGAGCGGCGCGCCGCACCAGUGGCAGGCGGACGAGGAGGCCGUGCGGCGCGGGCGGUGCGGCUUCCCCGUGCGGUACCUGGGCCACGCGGAGGUGGACGAAUCCCGCGGGAUGCACGUCUGCGAGGAGGCCGUCAAGAAGCUCAAGGCGAGCGGCCGCAAAGCCGUGAAAUCAGUGCUGUGGGUGUCGGCGGACGGUCUGCGCGUGGUGGACGACAAGACUAAGGAUCUCCUCGUCGACCAGACCAUCGAGAAGGUCUCCUUCUGCGCCCCCGACCGCAAUUUCGACAAGGCUUUUUCGUACAUCUGCCGCGACGGGACCACGCGCCGCUGGAUCUGCCACUGCUUCCUGGCCACCAAGGACUCCGGCGAGCGGCUGAGCCACGCCGUGGGCUGCGCCUUCGCCGCCUGCCUCGAGCGCAAGCAGCGGCGCGAGAAGGAGUGCGGCCCUCGCCGCCGCCUUCGACGCCCCCCCCCCGAAACGGGGAUGAGCCCCCCGCCGCCGAGCCCCCCGCCCCGCCCGGCCGCACGUCGCCGGCGGAGGGGGGUCUUGCGUGGGGGGGGGUCCCCAAAACGCCGCCAUCCCCCGUCGACGCGCCCCCUCGAGCAGUUGGUCCGUCAAGGCUCUUUCCGAGGGUUUCCCAACCUGAGCCGACAAAAUUCCCCCUUCAAAAGGCAACUCUCCCUCCGGCUCGAGGAGCUGCCCCCCGCCCUCCAGGCCCGCCGCCGCGAGCUGGAGGCGGGAUCGAGCCCCCCCGGGGUUGAGCGAUGGGAUCAGCGAUGCCCCCCCCCAAGGGGACCCCCGAUACUGCCCCCGCCCCCCCCCGCCGAGGGGGGCCUCGCAGGCCCGGCGUCCUGGGCGGAGGGGGGGGUCCCGGGGCCCCCCCGCCAUCGCCGCACCCCCUCGGAGGCCGAGCGGUGGCUGGACGAGGUCUCCAAGGCGGCCAUGGCACAGCAGCAAGGAGGGGGGGCCCCCCUACCCCCCGCCCUCCAGCCCCCCCUGGGGUACGAGGGGGGGCCCCCCGCUCUUUUCCUGCCCCCCCACCAUCCCGGGGGGGCUGUACCCCCCCGCCGUCCCCGUGGUGGGCAUCACCCCCUCCCAAAUGGUUGCCAAUAUCUUCUGCGCCGCCGGACCCCCCCCCAAAACCAACCCCCCGCCCCCCACGGGGCUCUUAGGCCCCCCCCGCCCCCCCUGCGCCCCCCCCCAACUGCCCCGGACCCUUUUGAGGUGCAAUGGGCAGCUCUGGGGGCCAAGCCCCCCCCCCCCCCGCCCCCCAACCCCUUCGCCGGGGACCCCCAGAAAACCUUUGAGAUCGAGCUUUGAGGGGGGGGGGGGAGACACACAAACGACCCUCCCCCCCCCCUCCGCUGAGUAUGGGGGUCCCCAGUGCUCCCAGCUGCAGGGCUGGGGGGGUCCCAGUACCCCUGUGCAAGGCUGGGGGGUCCCGAUCCCUGCCCCCAAGUUGGGGGUCCCAGCUGAGGCUGGGGUGGGGGGGGGAUCCCCAGUGCCCCCCUCCCCCCCUUUGGGGGGGGUUGGGAGGGGGAAUGGGAGGGAGGGGCUCUCUGCUGCUGUCGGGACCCCCCGCCCCAGGGCCUGGGGGGGUUGAGCCCCCCCGGGGGGGGGAGGGGCCCCCCCAAUUCUCUUAUGUUUGUCUUUUUUAUUUUUAACUUAAAACAAGGAGAUUUUUGUA